AUGUCAUCUAGCACGUCAGACACGUCCUCAUUCCAGAACAGCUCUUCUAGUGCUGCCCCCGGCCGCAACAAGCCCCCCUAUACUACUAGUUCCCAUGGAGACGUCAACUCACCUUAUGCGCCGCACGUCGCGCUAUUACGAUGUUCUCGCUGUGUCAAAUCCGUGGAAACAGUGUCCCGGGGUGUGCGGAUAGAUGAAACUGGCACGGGUAUGAUCAGUUAUGGGAUGAACCUGUGGUACUGUGAACGAUGUGCCCGGAUCGUGGGCUACAAAUGA